UAGUCCAAAGGGCCCACCCCCCCGCCCGGCCGCCCAAAAAAUUGGCCAAAGUUACUCUGAAGCAGAGUUGCUUAAAGGAGGAGAACUGUUGCUCUAAGAGCAGUCGGUCUCAAAAUCCAAAUCUGGGAAAUUCAACACAGGAAGGUUGGCCUUCAGGAAAACAAGUUUCUCAACUGUUUGAGGGUUAACCGCGGUGAGGUGGUUUCGGCUGAGAGACGGAGCGGGGCGUGAUAGGCCUUCGUCUUGUUUUUCUUCCUCGCCAUGGCCCACAAGCAGAUCUAUUAUUCUGACAAGUACUGCGACGAGAACUACGAGUACCGACAUGUGAUGCUGCCAAGAGAGCUCUCAAAACAAGUACCGAAAACUCAUUUAAUGACUGAAGAGGAAUGGAGACGACUUGGUGUUCAACAGAGCCUUGGCUGGGUCCACUACAUGAUUCAUGAACCAGAACCACAUAUCCUCCUUUUUAGAAGACCACUUCCAAAAGGCCAGCAGAAAUGACUUCUCUCAACUUCUGGAAUAUUGUGUAAAAAUGUAUAUAUGUUGGUAGUAUUCAGUGAAUACUUGAGAAUGUACAAAUACGUCAUUACCUGUGCAUGAGCUGUAUUAUUCACAGCAACAGAGCUCAGUAAAGUGCAAACGAAGUAG